CUCCUUUUUCUCUUUCUGUUUCUUGUGAAUUCAGCUACCACUGGACCGACGGUAACCUUCAGCAAACGAUGACCUCCCGUGAUAAGAAACCGGCGAAACCCUCAACCAGUCGACCUGGUGGUAUUCGGACCCUCUCCGAUUUGAAUCGCCCCACCGCUAAUGACUCCGACAGCGAUUCCGAUAGCCCUCAGGAGUACUAUACCGGCGGCGAAAAGAGUGGUAUGCUUGUCCAAGAUCCAAAUAAGCGUAAUGAUGUGGACGAAAUAUUUAAUCAAGCGAGGCAAUUAGGUGGUGUUGAAGAACCCAUGGAAAAUCUUCGUCCUUCGAGCUCAAGAAGUUUUACAGGCACCGGGAGAUUACUGACCGGUGAACCAGUGCCAGCUGCUCCUGAACCACCGCAAAAUGUCGUGCACAACAUUGCCUUCUGGAGAAACGGUUUCACCGUAAACGAUGGACCUUUGCGGAGGUUGGAUGAUCCUGAAAAUGCACCUUUCCUCGAGAGCAUCAGGAAGUCCGAGUGUCCGAGAGAGCUUGAGCCUGCAGAUAGAAGGUCUUCGGUCAACGUCAAUCUGAUAAGGAGGGACGAAAAUCAUCCAGAAGUAGUGGCGACCCAAGUUGCAUUUCAAGGUUUAGGAAGAACAUUAGGUCGGAACCCAGAUGAGGUCGCACCCGAGCCAAAUACUUCAAAUCCUGCCCCCACCUUUGGCGGUCUAGUUCUGGACCCCACGUUACCAUCAACCUCAAUUCAGCUACGCUUAGCUGAUGGCACCCGGAUGAUCGCCCACUUCAACCACCAUCAUACCGUCGCCGAUAUUCGAGCCUUCAUUAACGCAUCUAGACCAGAUGGUUCACGAGCUUACCAGCUUCAGACCGUUGGGUUCCCACCCAAACAACUCACCGAUCCAAACCAGACCAUCGACCAAGCUGGUCUUGCCAAUUCAGUCGUCAUCCAGAAAAUCUAAACAAGGGUAAACCAGAAACAUCUGUUUUUUUUUUUCUUUCUUUCUAUUAGAACUCUUCAAGAAAGCAUAAUGCUUGUAUAAAUUCAAGAUUAUAUGUUAAAACUGUAUGGAUUCUAACCCGAAUCUUGUGAUUUUGAGACGUUGCUUGCAUAUGAAACUUUACUAC